GUAGAGUAGUAGUAACGGAAGCGGCUCGGCGGCGCUCACACAGACUGACCGACACUGAAUGAGAACGCACUGAUUUCAGCUCCAAAAUGAUGAAAUUUCUGCCCAAACUGCUGCUGCUCGUCCUCUUAGCUUUCCCUGUGACCCUCCUUACAAGGGGCCCAGUGGUGGCUGCUCAGGAUCUGACUGAGGAUGAGGAGGCUGAGGCCGUGGAUGAAGAUGUAGUGGAUGAUGUGACUGCUGAGGACGAGGACGACGAGGCGGAAGUGGAGGACGAUGAAAAUGCAGAACUGACAGAAGAAAAAGAAGAUGACGAGGAGGAAGCGCUGGUUGGAGAGAUGAAGGCUUCUCCUAACGCCGACACCACCAUCCUGUUUGUGAAAGGAGAAGACUUCCCAGCCAAUAACAUCGUCAAGUUUCUGCUCGGCUUCACCAACAAGGGAUCAGAGAACUUCAUUGUGGAAUCUCUGGAUGCCUCUUUCCGUUACCCACAGGAUUACCAGUUCUACAUCCAGAACUUCACGGCACUGCAGCUCAGCACCGUGGUUCCUCCCAGCAGACAGGCCACCUUCGAGUACUCCUUUGUCCCCGCCGAGCCCAUGGGGGGGCGGCCCUUCGGACUCGUUGUCAACCUCAACUACAAGGACGGCAGCGGAAAUGUUUUCCAGGACGCCGUUUUUAACCAGACCGUCACCAUCACCGAGAAAGAGGACGGACUCGACGGAGAGACGAUCUUCAUGUACGUCUUCCUGUCUGGCCUCGGGCUGCUCGUCAUCGUCGGCCUUCAUCAGCUCCUGGAAUCCAGAAAGAGGCGGCGUCCUGCUCCAAAGGUGGAAAUGGGAACCUCCAGCCACAACGACGUGGACCUGAGCUGGAUCCCCCAGGAGACGCUCAACCAGAUCAUGCAGAGUCGCAGAGACAAGGCCUCUCCGAGACGAUCCCCUCGCAAAAGGAUCCAGGCUCGUCGGGCCGGCUCGGACGAGUGA